UAGUGCCGUCCAUAGGCAUAGUGGCCACACUUAAAAAUCAUUUUGGCCUGGCUAUAGCGUUCAGCGUACUAAUGACCCUGCUGGCUAUUUCCAGCAUUGUAGCGGUUGUGUACAACACUGACCACGUGGCUAAUCUGAUAUUUACCCUGUUGAUCACUGGGUUGUCCUAUUCGUUUGCUAUGGAUUGUCACAAAAUUAAGCUAGCUAGAUUAACUGGCCCGAUUCCCGUGGUAACCGGUCCCCACAUUCACCCCCAGUUGGCAAUAGGUCAGCAAGUUUACCAGGGUCAGCCAGGUCAUCAGGUUCCGCUGCAAUUGACCACCGAUGCAUAUGUUAUGCAACAGGGCUAUGGCAUGCAACCGGGUUACUCAAUGCCCAUGAACAAUAUUGCGCCCCCUUCACCUAAUGACCCUUAUGUCCCACAAAAUCACCAGGAUAAUAAAUUCUCGCCUUAUCAUACGUUUACAAAGCGAUCCAUGGAUAUAAGAGAUAGUAGCUCGUUUAAGUGCAAAAAAUGGACAUUGUUUACCUUAUCACUUGUAGGCCUAUUCUGUUACGCGGUUGCCACAUUGUACAUGGGUCGAGCUAUAUUGCUAGUACUAGUGGUGGGGGCAACAGUUUGCGCCGUACCUGCAAUAGGCAUAGCUGCCAGUUAUAAAGAGCACGUUGGUCUGGCCAUUGCGUUCAGUGUGCUAAUGACCAUGGGCACUAUUGCUAGCGCUGGGGCUGUUUGGAGUGAUUUUAAUUACACCCCCGUUCUACUGGUUAACAUCAUGAUUACUGGAAUUCCGCUUCCCAUGAUGGACAGCACCGUUAUAUACCCUAGGUUGAUGUCUCAUUCUCAACAUGGUCAACAACAACAGGCACCCUUACAAUUAACCACCGAUGCUUAUGUUUUGCCGCAAGGUUAUGGCAUUCAACCCAGUUACGCUAUGCCCAUGCCCAAUUAUCCUGAUGUAGUUGACGCUCUGUGCGAAGCUAGCGAUAUUAAUUGGGACAUUCGCCAGGACAAGUUGUUCAAGGUCAAAAAGUUGAUACUAUUUACCUUGUGUAUGGUUGGCUAUGCAAUGUUAUUGGCCACAAUUGUCGAGGGCUGUUCAUUAGCUAAGUCUAAUUAUAGAGUAUUGAUCAUGCUAUUCGGGUUUGUAAUAGCAAUAAUGAUGGUAACCUCAACAUUGGGCCUAUUGGCCACAAUAAGCGAUAGCUACAACUUUGCCAUAUCAUUUGCCAUAUUGACCAUGAUCAAUACUGUAUUGUGCAUGGCCACAUUGAUCGUCAAUAAUGACCUGUCGGUAAUGCCAUUUACAUUAGUGUACAAUAUUUUGGUCACAUUUCUGGGCUUUUCGUACGCAAAGGAUUGCAAUGUUAUUAAAGUAUUGAAACGUGUGGACGGAUUGGGUGUUAUUAUACCACAACGUGGUCAACAAUACGCUCUCCAGACAUUGGACCCGGUUCAUUUUCGCAAUGAUGUCUACCUGGAAAACUAUGAAGCUCAUAUGCGUGGCUGUAGCACAACUGUCCUUGGUCCGGCGAUA